AUGAUCCCAAGGGCCUUGUCAGACAUAUGGCACCGGGUCACACAAUCAGUAGCAGGCCGCCAACCACAGGAAGACGUCACUGCACAUUUUAGCGCCGACGAUCACUCAGAAGAAAGACAGCCGUUCAUCGCAGACCUUGAUAUCUCCGACCAUGAGCCGCGUCAAGCAUGGAUCACUCGGAGAUUACUGCAAACAUGGAACGAGACGCGAAAUUUCAUCGGCUCAGAGCAGGGCGUGGGAAUCUUCAAGUGCAGCCUCGCAUAUUUCCUUGCCUCUUUAGCAGUCUUCGUGCCAUUCAUAGGAAGCCUGUUGGGGCACCAAAAUGGUAAGCAUAUGGUGGCUACUAUUACGGUCUAUUUCCAUCCGGCAAGGUCGCAAGGCAGCAUGUACAAGGCACUGAUGUGUGCCUUUGUUGCUUUUAUCUAUGCGGCAGCUCUUUCGCUAUCAAGCAUGUGGGUCACCAUUAUAUUUCAUCAAAGGUACGAUAUGAUUGAGUUGGGCCAUGCUGUCGUCCUGGUUGUCUUUGUCGCGGGUGGUUUCGGGUGCAUCGGAUGGUUCAAGCAGAAAAUGGAAGAUCCGUUGGUCAACGUUGCCUGCUCCUUGGCAUCGUUGGCAUCGAUCAUUGUAAUUACCAGGGAGGGCGCAGUGCAAAAAGGCGCUCUUUCGUUCGAGAAGAUCGGUCAAGUCUUGAGGAUGAUUCUUUUGGGUGUUGGUGUCACGACGGCGGUCUCGCUAUUGAUAUUACCGCGUUCGGCGCGCAGGAGAUUUCGAGGCAAUCUUUCAGCUUUGACCAGAACAGCCAUGUCAAUGUUGACCAUCAUAACUGAAAGUGCUGUCAGCGGGUCCCCUCAUGAGCUGCAACAGGUACAAUUUGCUAAUCUGUCUAUGCGGCACGACAACGCUUUGAGUGAACUGAAACAUCACCUUCAAGAGGCCAAACUGGAGCACUUUGUUGUGGGGACAGAGCGAGAGUAUUUAGUUGCGAAACGCCUCUCGAAUCUCAUCCAGGAAAUUACACGUCGGCUAGGUGCUCUGCGAAGUGCAGUGACCUUAGAGUCCAAAACAUUCGCGCCAGGAGGAACUUCUCACUUAAAUCAUUCCGGGGCUCAGGCUUUCGAAAUCUUUAAUUCACAGCUCGAAGCAUCAAUGGUAAGAGCCGGUCCCGGCGUAUGCCUCACGUGGUAUAUUUCUAACGCUCGAAAGAAUUUGCUGGUUUCCACAUUGAGAACCAUUUUUCAAACAGUUUCGUUUGGGUCUGCUCCCGAUCACAAGAUCGUUGUGGAUGGCCGAGCUCGGCUUCGUAUCAAUGAAGCGAUCAAGACUUAUCAAGAUUCCCGACUCGUCGCUUUACGUUCGAUUUCUCGAAAGGAAAUCAUAAUUCCUCUGAGCGAGGAGGACGGUGCCCAUUUUGAAAAGAUAGUAGCUACCCGCAACUACUACUCGGUAUCCCUUCUCGAAAUUACCGAGAACAUUGAGCAGUUUAUGUUGGCUUUGGAGCAGAUGCAAGUCGAAACCGAGCAAGGACCGAGAAAUAGGUCCUGGAUGGGAAUCUGGACUGCGUGGCGUUGGGGGGAUAAUAUGCGCGAAGGAAACCAUUCGAAUGAAGACAUGUCCUCAGAAUCCUUUUCCAACUAUCUACAUGCCGACUCGAAUACCACCGGGCUGGCAGGGAUGAGAUUUGAUAACAAUUACACCGAGAGUCAAAGUCCUGGAGUCAAUCUGCACAGCAGAAGUAAAACUCUCCGUUGGAGAUGUCUCAAUUUACUUCGUGCGGAUGAGCUCAAGUUCGCGCUCAAGGUGGGGAUAGGAGCAGCACUCUAUACCCUACCCGCCUUCAUAUCCUGGACUAGACCUCUCUAUCUAUUCUGGCGAGGGGAAUGGGGUCUUCUUUCUUACAUGCUGGUAUGUUCGAUGACUAUCGGUGCAUCGAACACGACAGGCUUUGCUCGAUUCAUCGGUACAUGUGUUGGAGCGCUUUGCUCGAUAGCUGCAUGGUACCUUGUGGGUGAGAGUGCUCCCGGCCUCGCAUUCCUGGGGUUCCUGGUGGCUCUCGGUCCGUUCUAUAUGAUCAUUUCAAGAGGACAGGGCCCCAUGGGCCGUUUCAUCCUUCUGACUUACAACCUCUCCGUGCUGUAUGCAUACUCUUACUCACAAACUGACAGUGAUCACCCGGAUCGAAGCGGGGAGCACCUCAAUAUUACAGAAAUCGUUCUUCACAGAGUAAUCUCUGUGACCGCGGGCUGCAUCUGGGGCAUCAUCAUCACCCGAGGCAUCUGGCCCAUCCGCGCCUGGGCAAGGCUGAAUGAUACAUUACAUCAGCUGUGGCUCCGACUGCUGGUUGUUUGGAUGUCAGAUCCCUUGAGCAACAGAGCCACGACAGAAGCGAAUACAUCUGAUUCCCUCUUGCAGCCGCAGGACAAAUUGGAGAUCGAGCGCCUUCUUUCACAGCUCGAGCGCCUUCGAGUCUCAGCGCGGUCCGAGUUCGAAUUGAAGAAUCCUUUCCCUGAUGUAGCAUACAGUAACAUCAUUCGCGGGACAAGGAGUAUCACAGAUAACUUCUAUUCAUUGGAUCUCAUUCUCGUCAAUGCCCUUGGGCAAUCCGAAGCCCAUCACGCUCUUCUCAUGCAUUGCGGUGCUGCCCGACAUCGGCUGUCAACUUAUAUUUGUCAACUGCUAGCUGGUAUUGCAUCAUCGAUACAGCAGGAGAGAGCUUGUGCCGAUAUCCUGACAAACAUCGACACUAUACACAAUGAGCUCCUGGCACAAACCUAUCAGUUUCGUCGCGACCGAAUACUGUCUUCUCAGACUGACGAAGUUGAUUACGCCCUAGUCCACUCUUUCACCUUGGUAACCCAGCAAUUAUCGAAUGAUAUCCUCGAGAUCAAGAUGGAAUUGGAUCGCAUAUACCCUAGGCCAUAA